AUGUCCACAGCAGAUAACACGUUGACUCUUCUCGAAAAAGAUGCCGAUAAAGCGAUUGAAUCCGUUGAGCAGUUUUACAAUGAAAUCGAAACGAACAUGAACUCGGUUAUCGAACAAAUUCAAACACUGAUUACAAAUGUGUCCGCUGAUCCAAACACCAAAGUCAAUCUUCGUGAAACAAUCAAGCCAUUAGCAAAACAAUACAGUGAUAAACACAAAGAGUUGCAUGGUUCGAUAUCAAAAAUCGGCAAGACGAUUGAUAAAUGUUUUCAAUCCGAUUUUGGGAACGUUCCGAUUUUUGAAUUGUUUGAUAAACCAGAAAAAUUGAAAGUUAUAUAUAUGAUUAUAUGCGAAGAUCUUUACCGACAAGGACGAAUGUCCAUUGCCCAACAGUUAAUCAAAGAAACGAGUUUGAAUGACAACGAAUUAUUUAAUGUCGAAAAAGAAUUCUUAGAAGAAAUCAAUUUAAUUCUCGAAAAUUUACGGGAGAAAAAUCUCUUACCUGCAUUGGAGUGGUGUAAACGAAACCGCAAUGAACUGAACAAAACCGGAAGUCUAUUAGAAUUCCAUUUACAUAAAAUGCGUUUCGUACAAUUGUUAGAAUCAGGAAACUUCGAGCAAGCCAAAGCAUACCUAUCCAAUCUACGACAAUACUCCAUUUCAAAUGGACAAUGCGAACAGGCAGUUAACGAAUUGAUGGGCUCCUUAGUUUUUGCUCAAAGAGAUCUGGCUAAAUCACCUUAUAAGUAUUUACUUGAACCACAUCUUUGGUUACAAUUAUUGGAAUUAUUUAUGCAACAAGCAUUUCAACAAGUUGGAUUAGCUCAAGACAGUCCACUGUAUGUCGUGAUGAAAACAGGAUUUCAAGCCUUACCCGCGCUGAUGAGUAUUGUCAAUGCAAUGCAAAAUACUCAAGUGUGCCAUAUUCUAUCGAAAGAUGAGCUGCCCAUCGAAAUUGAUGUUGGACAAGAACAUCGAUAUCACAGUGUUUUUGCUUGUCCUAUCCUUCGACAACAAACCACAGAUCAGAAUCCGCCGAUGAAACUUGUUUGUGGUCAUGUUAUAUCCAAAGAUGCAUUGAAUAAAUUAACUCUACAGAACAAACUGAAAUGUCCAUAUUGUCCGUUAGAACAAAGCCCGGCAGAUGCGCGACAACUAUUCUUUUGA